UACUUAAUGAAAAAGACACCUCUGUAGCACAAGUUGUGGCAAGGGCAAGUCCCGAUAUGGUGGACUUAGAGCAACUGGCAGAGUUGGCUAAUCUUUGGUUCGAUCCAGAAUAUAUGUCAAAAUGUAAUAAAAACAAGGAAUGUCGUAAGAAGCAGGUGAUUGUUCACAGUGGAGGAUCGAAAAGUUUAGCAAGAUAUGCCCAUGAUGUGAAAAAAUCAACUGGAGCAUUGCCAAGUCGAGCCCAGUUGUUUGUCAAGACCCAUAAGAAAAAGGAUGGCACACACUACAAUGAUGAAACGAGAAAGAAAGUGGUUGAGAUGGAGGAACUUUUAACACAGGAUGCGAAUCCUAUAGAAAUGGGGUCCGGAGGAACCAUGACUUGGAAAUCAGAUGAUGUUUACUCGAAAGUUAUGGGCCUAGAACGGCCCGGACGUGUGCGCGGUUUGGGGUUUGGGCCAACCCCUACAAAGCAAACUUGUCAACAUUCACUACCAACUUCAAACCAAGAAAAUGGUAUAUCAAAGGAAGAGUUUGAUAAAAUGCGGAACGAAUUAAUUGACUUGCGGAACUUAGUAAACACAUUCGUGCAUGCACAGGCUUCAGGAAAAAAUCAAAAUGAGAAUGAAGAGGAAGAGAAAGAUGAAGAAGAGGAAAAUGCUGAAGAGGAGGAAGAUCAAGAGGAAGAUGAAGAGGCGGAAGAGAAUGAUGAGGACAAUGAUUAAGGGUCAGGAUUACAAGUUAGACUAUAAUUGAGACUAUAUUUAUGGUAUUUCUCAUAUAUCAACGUUUGCUCUGUUUAAUGGUAUUUGCAGCUUUCCUUAGUUAAGACUAAAUUAAUGGUUAUGUCAUAUAUCGACGUUUGCUCUGUUUUGCUAAGUUGGAAUUAGGACGGAUUAUAAAAGGAUAAGUGCUGGAUUAUGCAUAUGUUUUACUACUCUUUUUGGAA